AUGGUCUUCACCGCCUUCCUCCUGUUUGUCACCUUUGUGAUCGUCCAAGCAGCCCUCGCGGAUGACGCCGGAAUCGAUUAUGGCUACGGUGGCAACGGUAAAGUCCCUCUCGAAGCCCACAUCAUGUCCAAAUGCCCUGAUGCACGGGAUUGCCUUCACGAUCUUAUCCUGCCGGCCAUGCAACAGGUGUCCGACAAAGUGGACUUUCAACUCUCGUAUAUCGGCAACACGACGGACCACGAUGAUGGGGUGCUCUGCAAGCAUGGGCCGGAGGAGUGUUUGGGAAAUAUCAUUGAGCUCUGCGCCGCGCAGUUGUACCCCGAUCCGAAGAUAUAUUUGGGCUUCACCAUGUGCCUCACUCGGGAGUAUGAGAAGAUUCCCGAGCGAGCGCUUCUGGAAGACUGUGCUCUGGAGCACGGGAUGGACUUUGACAAGGUCAACGCAUGCACGACAGACGAAGAUGGCCAGCUCGCCGUGGAUCGAUUGAAGGCCAGUUUCAAUCACAGCGCCUCAGUUGGUGUGACGAAGAGCUGCACCGUGCGCCUAGACAACAAGAUCCGAUGCAUCAGAGAUGGUGGGAAAUGGUACGAUUGCGACGGAGGAUCCAGUCCUGCCGAGUUGGUGCAAGAGAUCAACGACCUUUCUGCGUCCUACUUGUGA